AUGUCGUUGCCAGAGGAAGAAGUUCAUAUGAUGAUCAAGCAGGUUAGUUGAUUUUCAAAAUAUUUAUUCAGUUCAAAGUCAAAAAUUCAAAAAAAAAAUUAUUAGGCAAAGAAUCCGUUACUUUUUCAAAAAGUUUACUUUUUUGCUUUCACUUUGAAAGAAAUUGUGGUAGUUUUGAUAUUGUUUUUUGAAUUGAAGACAUUGACAUAUUUGCUGUUGAAGUUAUCGAAACUCUUUCCUGCAACUAGUCCUGUUCCAGGCUCAACUUUUGCACCUUUUUCAGUAAUAACUUUCAAUUCAACUUUAGUCGAUUCAUUAUCAACCAAAACUGGGAAUAUUUGAUUUUUCUGAAAAAUAUAAUUAUUUCCCCUAUGUUUUUCAUUCUUUCGAAUCUUGCCUUUUGAUUGACUUCAAUAUCAUUUUCAUUCAAAUAAUGAACUGCUUCUUGAGUUUCUGAUUUCUUCGCAAUAUUUCCACUAUAACUAAUACUUAUAUAACCUCCUUCUUUUGCAUCUUCUUUUUUAACUGGUGUUAUGAAAUUCACAGUUGCAAUAUCAGUUUUUUCAUCUAUUUGAAUGAAAGUCCCUUGAACUUGGUCUAUAAAUUUAACAUUUUACUUUGAAACUAUUUUUUUUAUUUUCAAAAAAAAAACUCACAAUCUGGAUUUCCUCUCAAUUCGAAUGGAGCUGAUAAAAAGUGAAUUGAGCAUAGACUUAUCCUUUUUGGUAGUUUUACUUGAAAUUCUUUCAAAUUUCCUGACAAUUUCACAUAAAAAUCAGUCCUUACUUCAAAUGUUCCUCUGUAAAAAUUUGAAUGUUGAAAACAAAUCAUAUAUAACUCACUUGUUGAUAUCUCUUUCAAAUUCAAUAAUGCAUUCUGUUGGGGUCAAAACUGAAACAGACCAAGAUGUUGAAACAUGGAGAAUCAAGAAAAAUAGAAUAACAAUCAUUUUUGACUUGAUAAGAUUUGAAAUGAGAAUUUAUAGGAGUUUUUUCGAGAACUGCAAGAUUUAUUAUUGUCAAAAAUAGUUCCGCGUUCAGUUUUUUAUCAAUUUCAUCAUCCCAUUCAUUUCUUGCAGGUUCUUGAUGAAACAGUUGGCCCAAAUGCCACGUAUACUCAAAAAGACAGUGUUGUUUGGAAUCAAAAAGCAGUUGAAAAUAUCACAAAGAAACUUGUUGCAUCUGGAAAACCAUUCAAAUAUAUUGUCACUUCUUCAUUUUUACAACUCUCAAAUGGUUCUGGUUUACAUGUCAGCACUAUUUCUUAUUGGAAUAAAUCGACCGACAGUUAGUUUUUUUUUUGAAAAAAGUCAUUUAUACUUUUCAAAACAAAAAAAAUAAUUGUUUCAGCAUCUUACAUGUAUCGCUGGGAAACUAAAACAAUGUUGGCAAUUGUCUAUGUCUUUGCAGUUGCCAUUUGA